AUGCUCAACUGGCACGAUUUUGACGCAGUCUUUCAGCCAAAGGCUGACUAUGCCUACGACGCCCGAACGGUAGAGAGCAUCAUCAAGCACCGCAAGGAGUUCGGCGACCAACUAUUCUUUGACCGCAUCUGGAGGACAAUUGGGCUUACAAGACCUGCAAGGAAUAACUAUCCACCCCGGUCCAACCAGGAUCUGCGCAAUUUGUGGUCCAAGAUCGUUCAGUCCACGGCUCCCGAGGAGCAGAAACUCGCCCUUCUUUACUACCUGCUCAGAGACUGUCGCCAGCUGCAAAACGCCGACUUGAACUUUGCCCGAAGAACACACCUCCCUCAAAGAUGGCAGCUUCUCAUGGCCGGCUUAUGGGAACUCGAUCACGCUCAAUUCUCUCGCGCCCUUGAACACCUCACAGACCCUUCGCUAACACCCACCUUCACCGACGAGAUCCUCCUUACCCUACUCCGACAUCCAAAAUGCGAGCCUUCAUUGGCGACCGCCUACUACAUUGCUAUGUCCCCACCACUGGAAGAUCCAGCGGUGCUCGAGGCGUAUUAUGAGUUAAUCAUAACCAAUAACCUAGUGGAGGCAUAUUAUUUCGCACAAAGACAAAACGAAGCAAAACACAAAAUGCUGUUUGACAAACUUGUUGUUGCCGUACAUCAGAACAGCCCUGGACAAUCUCGUUCGGAGCGAGCUGCGCUUCUUGUUGGGCUGCCGUUGACCGCGCAGGAGGAAGCUUGGUUCGAGCGUUGCAUAUUGGACGGUGCAGCUUCCAAGCUGCCUGGUGCGAAGGACUCGCUCAUGGCAAGGACAAUCGCCAUGGGAAGGUCAACAAGUGAUUCAACUGCGCUGAGCAGGCUCAAAGGCGACAGCAUUGGGGGGAUCAACUGGGAGGUCGUGAGAGCGGGAAUUGCCGAUGCGGUGCCCCAUUGA